CCUGUCUUCCUUCACUUCCAAUUUAUACAGCACAUUAAACUCCUAUAUAUCAAUCCCUCACUUCCCAUCCCCUUACUUCACUCACACUCACACUGGCACACAUUAGAGAAGCGAAGAGUGAGAGGCAUAAAAAUCCUACACAAACAUUUUCUCCAUAGCCAAAAAACAAAAAACAUUUUAAUUUGUGUUGUAAAUAAUAUGGAUGUGUACGGAGCAGAAGUGUUUAGGAUUGAUGAUCUGCUUGACUUCUCGAAUGACGAGAUCUUCUCCUCCUCCACCGGCAGUUCCUCUAAUAAGACUACCAGCUUUGACCUGAACCAUCAAUAUCAUCCGCCUCACUCCGACAACAUUAAUCCCGCCGCGGGGAGCUAUUACAAUCCUCUUAUUCCCAAUUGCGCCGAUUUCACCGACAAACUAUGCGUUCCUAGCGAUGAUGUAGCGGAGUUGGAAUGGCUAUCGAAUUUCGUGGAAGACUCAUCCAAUAAUUACCCUUCAAACUCCUUAACAGGAACAAUAAACCUCAAUUCCAAUAACACUUCAUUUCACAGCAAAUCAAGAAGCAAACGUUCACGUGCAACCACUGCAAAUACUAGUUGGGCUUCCUCACUCCAAAAGGCCCACCAAAAGCCCACAGUCGAUGAGCCCAAUCAAAGUCCACAAUACAACAACAAUAACAACACUAUGAAGCCCAAAAAAGAGAGCAGCAGAGAAAGGUCAUCUGAAAUGUCAGAUAUACCCCGAAAGUGCACACACUGUGCAUCAGAGAAAACGCCACAGUGGCGGACUGGGCCAUUGGGCCCAAAGACGCUGUGCAAUGCUUGUGGAGUUCGAUACAAAUCGGGCCGGUUGGUCCCUGAAUAUCGACCCGCUGCGAGCCCAACUUUCGUGCUGACCCAACAUUCGAACUCUCACCGGAAAGUUAUGGAACUCAGGCGACAAAAAGAGGUUCAACAACAGUCACAACAACAAGGAAUGUACGGACAUCACUUUCAGGUCUGCUGACGUCAUUGUUCGCAACAUGUCACGCCAUCAAGCAAAUGUUGAUUUUUUCUUUUGUUGGUUAAAGACCUUUAUCGUCUUACUGAAUUUUUUUGGAUAUUUUAAGAAAUUUGAGAAUUAUCACUUUUUUA